GCUGAGAUGAGGUGAAACUGUUGGGAGAGAAAGAAGGAAGUUUCAUGGAAGAGAAUGAAGAGCGUUGGCAGAAAGACAGACAAAAUCAGACUCAAAAUGGUCAAGCUGGUAUGGGAAAGCAUGAAGAUCUCACCUUUGGAGCUUUCGCUGGCAAAGGUUCUGCGAUGUGGACAGGCGUUUAGAUGGAAGAACAUUAAUGACGUAUGGUCGUGUUCUAUAGGGUCGAAAGUGCUGUUCUUGAGGCAGCACGGUGAUACCAUCGACUAUGCUACGUACCCAUAUGACUCCAAGGCUCUGGAGCUGGUUAGCGACUACUUUAACCUGGACAUAAAGGUCCAGGAGCUGUACACGCAGUGGUCAAGGGACGACCCUGUGUUCCAAAAGACGGCGGUUGGGUUUGAGGGUGUUAGAAUGCUUAGACAGAACCCAUGGGAGAAUUUGAUCUCUUUUAUAUGCUCAUCGAAUAACAACGUGAAGCGUAUCAGUCAGAUGUGUGAUAAUUUGACGGUUCAUUUCGGUGAGCUCAUCAUGGAACACGAAGGAGUUGAAUAUUACACUUUCCCAACACCACAGGCUUUGUCAAAGGAUGAUGUUGAAUCAAAGCUGAGAGACUUGAGCUUUGGAUACAGGGCUAAAUAUAUUCACAAAACUGCGCAGAUGGUGGCUUCUCAGAACCAAGAUCUGUUCAAGAUUAGAGAUUUGCCCUAUGAAGAAGCACACGCAGAGCUCAUCAAAUUUGUAGGCGUUGGGCCCAAGGUUGCUGAUUGUAUAUGCCUAAUGUCUAUGGAUAAGCACGACGCUAUCCCUGUUGAUACACACGUCUACCAAAUAGCCAAGAGGGACUACAAACUCUCUUCAAAGGGCGAUGCAGUGACUCCAAAGACUUAUGAGUUGAUUCGUAAGUUCUUUGUGAAUAAGUGGGGGCCAUACGCUGGAUGGGCGCAGAGUGUCAUGUUUGCAGCAGAUUUGAAGGACUUGGAAAAUGGGUUGAAUCAAACCAACAGCUCUCCAAAGAAACAGAACAAGAGACCAAAAGUUGAGGUUAAAGAAGAAAUUCAAUUAGAAGUCAAUCUUGUUCGGGCUGAUAGACGUAAGAGGGUGAGAACUACUGCAUGAGACUUGUACAAAAGAAUGUACAUAUACUUGUUCUUUUUUCUCUCUUUUAG